AUUCUGCUUAUUUUCCCCCAAGGCCUAAACCCAAAGGAAGGAGGGAAAAAGCAACCGUUUUCCCCGAUUCCCUUUACAAGACUUCCCAUUGAUUGCCCGAAAAGGAGCAAUCUUUAAAGCAAUAAAGAACAUGAUGGCGUCGGCAGCUGCUUCUUUGGGUUCUUCACCUUUAAUUCAGUCAGUUUCCGGUGGAAUUAAAGGUCAAACGCUCUCUCUUGCAACCCCAACUUCUCUCAUUUCUACAAGGAGAAGAUCUAGAGCUGUAGUAAAGGCAACUGCUCGAGUUGAUAAGUUCUCCAAGAGCGACAUAAUUGUGUCUCCAUCGAUUCUUUCGGCUAAUUUUGCCAAAUUAGGAGAGCAGGUGAAAGCAGUGGAGGUGGCAGGUUGUGAUUGGAUUCACGUUGAUGUGAUGGAUGGACGGUUUGUGCCAAAUAUUACAAUUGGCCCCCUCGUAGUAGAUGCUCUGCGCCCUGUCACUGAUCUCCCCUUGGAUGUGCAUUUGAUGAUUGUGGAGCCUGAGCAAAGAGUACCAGACUUCAUCAAGGCUGGAGCUGACAUAGUUAGUGUUCAUUGCGAACUAGCUUCAACCAUUCAUUUGCAUCGUACAGUGAAUCAAAUUAAGAGCUUGGGUGCUAAAGCCGGAGUUGUCCUGAACCCUGGGACUCCAUUGAGUACCAUAGAGUAUGUUCUAGAUGUGAUUGAUUUAGUACUGAUCAUGUCUGUAAAUCCCGGGUUUGGUGGGCAAAGCUUCAUAGAGAGCCAAGUAAAGAAAAUAUCCGACUUGAGAAAAUUGUGCGCUGAGAAGGGAGUGAACCCAUGGAUUGAGGUAGACGGUGGAGUCGGUCCAAAAAAUGCUUACAAGGUAAUUGAGGCUGGAGCCAACGCGUUGGUUGCUGGCUCAGCUGUGUUUGGAGCUCCUGAUUAUGCUGAAGCUAUCAAAGGGAUCAAAACCAGCAAAAGGCCUGUAGCAGUUGCAGUAUAAACUUUUCAUUCUCUGUAUUUCAAGACGAGAAGCAGAACCAGACGAUGACCAAAUAAUUACAACGAGAUGAGUGAUUUAGAUGUAUCAUGGGAGUAUUGUUUGUUAUCUCAUAUGAUUUUGAGUUGUAGAAAUGCAUUCUACAAUAGCUACUCUGUCCCAAUACUUUCUUCUUUACAAAAUGUACAUUACACCAUUGAUAUUAAAGAAAUGAGCUCAUUGUAA